AUCAAUCAUGUGUUCAGGUUUAAGUUUUCCUCCAGUGGCAAAUUGCUGGAUGUUCACUAACUUUUAAUAUAAUCCAACUUCAGGCAUCCAGACCAAUUCACCAAUACUGUCUAGAACCUUUGUCUUAGGAUAUAAACUGACUGGUACAUAUCACCAAAGGAAAGCUGCGCUCAUUGUGUCCGUAUGCAACCAUCUGAUGAUGACCCAUUUCAUCAGUGUUUGUGAAGAGGCUUGUGGGGCUGAAUGAUGUGGACAGGGGGAUGGACCGAUUCACUCAAAACAAAGACCAGUCGAUUUAAAACUGCCAAGAGAUAAAGUGGUGUUAUUAAUCUGACACCUGUGGAGUGUUUAAGGAGUUGUUUUCUUCAUUUUAGCCCGAUCUCAUUACUGAAGAACUGAUUACUGCGAAAAUAAAAUGCACUGGACUUUGAAAAGAGUUUGUCAUUGCAGUGGAUUAACAUAGCGAGGAGAGACUUGUGAUGUAUGGGCUUAACUACAGUCUUCCAUCGGUUCGACAUGAAUAGAUUUAUCUGUGUAUCGCAGCUGGCUGCAUUUCUGCUCUACAUUCUGCUUAUACAGGUUUCUAUCAUUCUGGGCAAUUCCCACUCCAAAGUGAUGCUGUUUCACGAGGCGUGGGGACGUAGUCUGUGUAAUGUCAUGCAGAGUCUGGUGGAUGUUGAUCAGGAAUAUCCUGGUGGUGUAAAACACAUCUACAGUCCCGGCUGUGUUCCACUCCUGCGAUGCUCCGGCUGUUGUAAUGAUGACAAACUAGCCUGCUAUCCCAGCAGCACACACAACAUCACUGUUCAGUUGUUGAGAAUAACUCCAGCAGACAGACACAGAGAAUACGUACUGCUCUCCUUUCAGGAACAUCACACCUGUGAAUGCAGGCCCAGACGACACCACUGGAGAACUCAACCUAAAAGGAGACGAACCGGUAAACGCAGACGGAGAAGAAGAGGCAGAGCUGGAGAGUAACAAAGUCACUUUAUGGAAAGUCUCUGCAGCCAUGUUUGCAACGCCUCUGUCUGGGCGGUCAAGAUAAGAGAUUUACCUGAAUGAAAGAGAGAAAUCUCUACAUUGGCUUACAAAUUAAACAAUAUAUUACCUACCAAUUAUUAAACGUGACGUACCAGAAUAUUUGUUUUGUAAGCUCAAACUGCGCUAAGAAAAUUAAAACUUUUUCGAAGUUGCUGUCAAGAUUCACAUGUAGCCUACAAAGACCCUCCGGCGGCGAAUCGUCACUCUUAAUCUCUUGAUGAUUGGCUCUUUUUUACCGCAAUUUACUCUAAUUUGCAGUUGCGUUUUCUAUUUAUGAAUGUAAAAAUCGUGCCUUAAUUUAAAUAAGUGAAAAGUACACACACACACACACACACACACACACACACACACACACACACACACACACACACACCAGACCACAGCUGGGAGCACAGGACAGCCAACGUGCCUUGCUCAAUAUGAUUUGCAAUAAUGCUUUUUAAAUAGUCUAGUUAUAUUCCCAUCUAUGAUAUAUUCAUUGCACAAUGUUGAUCAUGUAUAUUUGGACGCUUGACAUUAGGCUUUUUCGACUUUAUGAGGCGCCGCAAAAAAACUACAAGCGUAUGACGUCAUACUACCGCGAGAGCGAUUCAAGAAAUCGUACGGAGAAGUCUACUUUCGACUCGAUCUCGCAGUACUUUGACGUCAUCCAACUGACAGUUUUGACAGCUCGCAUGAUGCCUUUUGUGUCAGUAGCUCUCUGCUGCCCUCUACUGUAAAAACUCAUUUAUUAGAAUUAAAGAACUGGAUACUGCUUGAUGAUUUGUCAUUGUUUUUUAACGUGUCAUUGCAUUUCAUAGAUGAAUAAUAAUCAAGAAAGAAACGAAUGAUCAUGGAGAAAAACAAUCCCACAUGUCAUUUCAUUGUUCCUAAGUAAAGUUCAAUUCUAUUCCAUUUUACAUCACAUAUAUUUGUGAGUGACAAUAUAUAAAUAUAUAAAAACAGACAUGUGACCUCUGAAGUUUUUCAAUGUUGGAUAUUGCAUCCCCAAACCAUCAUGAAUCAAUGUCUAAAUAAAGCUGUAAAGACCA